GGCAACCCCUUGCAUCACCCAAAAACGCCUUGCAGCUAGACUAGUCAAUUGUGCUAUACUUUGAACCAAGAGCUCAACUACCAUAUUUUCUGCAACGUUCUGGUCAAAAGUGACUACAUUUGAUUCGGUCAAACCAAGAAUAGCCAUCAAGAAAUCACCAUGCCGGCCGCUGUCCUACCGCAGAAGCGGGAGUUCGGCGAGGCAUCAAACGCCCGUAAAAACAUCUCCGCAACACCUUCCAGCUCAAAAAAGAGGAAGAUCGAGCCGCCUGCAUCGUCACCGGCAGCCUCCCGCUUCAAGAGCUCCCAGGCAAACAAGCUCGGCUCCAGCCAACCCAAGAGUGCUUUCGAAUCCGAAGUCCUCGAGAAGCUCAGUCAAGACAUUUCAGAUGCCAAGCAUAACAACACCGAGAAGGACCAGUCGUGGUCGCGGCCACCUAUUCCCGCGGACUUCAGCCCCAAGACUAGCAAGCUCUGCUUCCAGUCGAUAGAAGCAGAGGAGGGUACGCUCCAUGGCGGACAGGCGACGGUCAAGCUCUUUGGUGUGACAGAGGACGGCAACUCGGUCAUGCUGCAUGUCAAGGAGUUCAGGCAUUACCUCUACGUUGCCGCUCCAACCUCGUUUGGUCAGAAGGACUGCAACGCAUUCAAGGCAUUCCUCGAGACCAACAUCGCACAACACCAACCAGCUAUACACUCGGUACAGAUGACGAUGCGCGAGAAUAUCUACGGCUUCCAAAACAACACCCAGAACCCCUUCUUGAAGAUCACCGUGACGGACCCCAAAUUCAUCAACAAGGUUCGCUCUACCAUCGAGAGCGGUAAUGCGAACUGGAAGGGAAUGUGGAAACACGAUGGUGGCAUCAUGACUUUUGACAACAUUCAAUACGUCCUGCGCUUCAUGGUGGACUGCAAGAUACAAGGAAUGUCCUGGGUUGAGGCACCAGCCGCGACUUACACACUUGUGCCAGAAUCUCAAAGACAAUCAAAUUGUCAGAUUGAGGCUGAGAUGAGCUAUCGGGACCUUAUCGCCCACAAACCAGUCGGCGAGUGGUCGAAGAUGGCCCCUCUUAGGAUCCUUUCGUUCGAUAUCGAGUGCGCUGGACGCAAAGGUAUCUUUCCAGAGGCGAAUAUGGAUCCUGUCAUCCAGAUUGCAAACGUGGUCACCAAGUACGGUGACAAGAAGCCUUUUGUCCGCAACGUCUUCUGCUUGGACCAGACAAGUCCAAUCGUAGCAACUCAAAUUCUCGAGUUCAGUCAGGAGCAGAAAAUGCUGUCGUCAUGGCGGAACUUCAUGGUUGAGGUUGAUCCGGAUAUUAUCACCGGCUACAACAUUGCCAACUUUGAUUUUCCCUAUCUUCUUGACCGUGCGAGGCAUCUAAAAGUCAAGGACUUUGAUUUGUGGAGUCGUAUACCAAGCAUCAAAUCGGUAGCGAAAGAGUCCAACUUUUCCAGCAAACAGAUGGGCAACCGCGACACCAAGGCCACUAAUAUCAACGGUCGUCUACAGCUUGAUCUGCUGCAGUUGAUCCAGCGUGAUCACCAACUGAGAAGUUACACCCUCAACUCCGUGUGUUCGCACUUUUUGGGUGAACAGAAGGAAGACGUCCAUCACACAAUGAUCACGGAGCUGUUCAACGGCACGCCAGAAUCCAGACGUCGUCUUGCACUCUACUGCUUGAAAGAUGCAUAUCUCCCACAAAGACUAAUGGACAAACUGUCAUGUUUGGAAAACUACACGGAAAUGUCUAGGGUCACAGGUGCCCCUUUCAACUUCCUUUUGACAAGAGGUCAACAAGUCAGAUUCUUAAGUCAGCUGUUCCGCAAAGCCCUGGAGCAGAAGCUCGUCAUCCCCAACCUCAGCGUUCAAAGCUCGGAUGAGCAAUAUGAGGGCGCGACAGUCAUCGAGCCCACUCGCGGCUACUACGACGUCCCUGUUGCAACGCUUGAUUUUGCUUCUCUGUACCCCAGUAUUAUGCAGGCGCACAACCUGUGUUAUACGACCCUGGUCACCAAGAAAGCCAUCGAUGCGUUUGGCCUGAAGAAGGAUGAGGACUAUAUCGUAACUCCGAACGGAGACUUUUUCGUCACCAUUAAACAACGCAAGGGGCUACUGGCUCAAAUUCUGGAAGAACUCCUUGCGGCUCGAAAACAAGCAAAGAGAGAGCUGGCGGUCGAGACGGACCCGUUCAAGAAGGCCGUGCUGAACGGUCGUCAGCUGGCUUUGAAGAUCAGCGCCAACAGUGUGUACGGUUUGACUGGUGCUACAAACGGCAAGCUGCCUUGCUUGGAGAUUGCCAGCAGCACAACCAGUUUUGGCCGGCAAAUGAUUGAAAAGACCAAGGAAGAAGUCGAGAAGAAGUACCGCGUCGCGAAUGGCUAUUCUCACGACGCCCAGGUCAUCUACGGUGACACUGAUUCCGUCAUGGUCAAAUUUGGCACCAAAGACCUUGCUGAAGCGAUGAAGCUUGGUGAGGAGGCGGCCAACUACGUCUCAUCCAAGUUCAUCAAGCCCAUCAAGCUCGAGUUCGAGAAGGUGUACUUCCCAUAUCUGCUAAUCAACAAGAAACGUUAUGCUGGUCUGUACUGGACCAAGCCCGAGAAGUACGACAAGAUGGACACGAAGGGUAUUGAAACUGUCCGUCGAGACAAUUGCUUGCUGGUUCAGACUGUGAUUGAGAAGGUUUUGAGGAUGAUUCUCAUCGACCAAGACGUGCCAGGUGCUCAGGAAUAUGUCAAGGAGACAAUCGCAGAGCUGCUUCAAAACAAAGUCGACAUGUCCAAGCUCGUCAUCACAAAGGCCCUGACCAAGGAUGACUACUCAGCAAAGCAAGCGCACGUGGAGCUGGCGCAGCGCAUGAAGAAGCGCGAUGCCGGCUCGGCGCCAGGCCUCGGCGACCGCGUGGCCUACGUCAUGAUCAAAGGCGCGACAGGAUCCAAGAACUUUGAGCGUUCCGAAGACCCGAUCUACGUGCUUGAGAACAACGUGCCCAUCGACACAAAGUACUACCUCGACAACCAGCUCGCCAAACCGCUCGGCCGCAUCUUCGAGCCCAUCCUGGGCGAGACCAAGGCCAAGUCGCUACUGAUGGGUGACCACACGCGUGUCGUUUCCGUCGCGGCGUCCUCGGUCGGCGGCCUGAUGAAGUUUGCCAAGAAGACGCAGACCUGCAUGGCCUGCAAGAAGCCACUGACGGGCAAGGAGGAGAGCCAGGGUGCCGUCUGCGCCGACGAUGCGCCCCGCGUCGGCGAGCUGUACAAGAAGACGCUGGACCGCGUCUCGGACCUCGAGGUCCGCUUCGGCCGCCUCUGGACCCAGUGCCAGCGCUGUCAGGGCAGCAUGCACUGCGAGGUCAUCUGCUCCAGCAAGGACUGUCCCAUCUUCUACAUGAGGAUGAAGGCCAAGAAGGACUUGGAGGACGGCAACAAGGAGCUGCAGAGGUUCGACUUUGAUAGGGCUGCCAUCUGGUAAACGAUGUUAUGUGACCUUGCCAAUAUGUAUUCUUUUUGGGGUUUGCUGGCUUUGAGUCUUGGUUGUUUUUCUUCUCACUCUGUAAUGGGCGUUUUUGGGAGUUGGUCAGGGUCCCAGGGGCCUGGCGGUAUCAUUUUCUGACGGAAUUAAAGCAGGGAAUAAGUAAGAGAGACGUGUCUUGUUUGCAAAUAAUCUGUUGAAAUCAAAUUGUAUAAUCGAUUCUCAAUCGUAUUUCUUGGCUCCUAGCAGCGUGUUCGAAAGAAAUUCUAUUCCAAAAAGCUCAUUGUGUGGCCCUGCGGCAUAAUCGUUUUCUUC